GGCAUGAAGGCAAGUCUGAUGAGGCAAACGUUCAUCUCCCCUGUCCCUCCUCCCCUCCCUCCAAUAUAGACUACUCGCUACCUCGGUUCUCGGUUAUCAGGCGAGUGCUGGUUGCCAAGGAGAGACGCACGUCUAACCACCGGUUUAUCCCACGGUAGGUAGUUACAGCGGCACGGGCAGCCCCGCCAUUUCUUCCCUCAAAACCUUGGGAUGUCGAGUGGCAGCUCGAGCUCUUCCUCCAGGAAGGAGUUCGACGUGAAACAGAUCCUCCGGAUCCGAUGGAGGUGGUUCGGUCACCAAACAGUUCCUACGCCUCUACACUCCCCGCCUCUACGAGAGUAUUUCACCGGCGGGAGCGGGGGGAGCGACAGCCACGGAGACGGACCCUCGGUGAGCGGUUGCAGCAACGGGAACAGCAGACCUUCACUUAGUGGCUCUAGCGGGAACGGGAAAACCAUUCCCGUGAAUUCCGGCACAGGGAGUCACAGCGGUCUUGUGGCGAGCGGCAGCGCGGGUUCAAAUUUGUGUCACAGCAGCAACAACAACAGAAAGUUUGUGGAUUCGUCGGGAGGUCGCCACGCGAAAGGAUCGAAGGAGGGGGCGGCAGGCGGGAGCUCGUGUCCGCGGUCCGUCAGCCAGCCCGAGUGCCGGAGCUCCGCGGCGCUGUCUUGGAUCGCCCCUCUGUCGAACUCUCACUCCCGCCACAAUACCAGCAUGGAGCCCCGCGCCGAGGGCUCCGUGCCCCCGUUGUCGCCGCCGGAGCACGCUGCUCCUCCCGGGGCGGAAGAGGAAGUCGUGGCUCCGGUCAUCGAGGAGAUUAAUAAUAAUCAGGCGGACACCGAUACCAGCUCCUGCAGGACCUCCAACAGCAGUGCCACUCUCUCGUCAUGCGUUUCUCUGGAGCCGUGCGCGUGUCCCGAGGAGAGCCUGUUCACCGCCCUGUCCCACGCCGACGACACCUUCACCAAGAUGGAGGGCUACCUGAGGAGCCGGCAGCUGUGUGACGUCACGCUGGUGGCGGGGGAGCGGAGGAUACCUGCACACAGGCUGGUCCUCUCCUCCGUGUCCGACUACUUUGCGGCCAUGUUCACUAGUGACGUGCUGGAGGCCAAGCAGGAGGAGGUGAAGAUGGAGGGCGUGGAUCCAGAUGCAUUGUGGAUGCUGGUUCAGUACGCCUACACAGGUCGCCUGGAGCUGAGGGAGGACACCAUCGAGUCCCUGCUGUCGGCCUCCUGCCUGCUGCAGCUGCCCCGUGUGGUGCAGGCCUGCUGCGCCUUCCUGGUCCGCCAGCUCCACCCCUCCAACUGCCUGGGGAUCCGCUCCUACGCAGACGCCCAGGGCUGCAGCGACCUGCAGAGCGCCGCGCACUCCUACACCAUGGAGCACUUCCUGGAGGUGGUGGGAGGCCAGGAGUUCCUACUGCUCCCCGUGGAGGAGAUCUCCAGGCUGCUGACCUCGGACGACGUCAAUGUGCCUGACGAGGAAACCGUGGUAACGGCGUUGUUGACCUGGGUGGGCCACAACGCCGACACCCGGGCUAGCCACCUGCCCUCGCUGCUGGCCCACAUCCGGCUGCCACUGCUCCAACCUCAGUUCCUGGCGGACCUGGAGGCCAGCCCUCUGCUCAGGGGCAGUGUGGAGUGCCAGAGGCUGCUCAUGGAGGGCAUGAAGUACCACCUGUUGCCCCAGCGCCGGCCCCUGCUGCAGAGCCCCCGCACGCGGCCCCGCAAGGCCACCGUGGGGGCCCUGUUCGCCGUGGGGGGCAUGGACGCCACCAAAGGGGCCACCAGCAUCGAGCAGUACUGCCUGAGGCGAGACACCUGGAGCCAGGUGGCCACCAUGAGCGGCCGCCGGCUGCAGUUCGGCGUGGCCGUGCUGGACGGACGCCUCCACGUGGUGGGGGGCCGCGACGGGCUGAAGACCCUCAACACGGUGGAGUGCUACAACCCCCACAGCAAGAGCUGGAGCGCCCUGCCCCCCAUGUCCACGCACAGACACGGCCUGGGCGUAGCCGUCCUGGAGGGGCCCAUGUACGCGGUCGGGGGGCAUGACGGCUGGAGCUACCUCAGCACGGUGGAGAGGUGGGACCCGCAGGCACGCUUGUGGAGCUUUAUCUCCAGCAUGUCCACACCCAGGAGCACCGUGGGCGUGGCGGUGCUCAACGGGAAGUUGUAUGCGGUGGGAGGGCGAGACGGUUCAUCCUGCCUGCGCUCCGUCGAGUGCUUUGACCCCCACACCAACAGGUGGAGCGGGUGUUCUCCAAUGGCUAAGCGGCGUGGUGGAGUGGGCGUGGCCACUUGGAAUGGCUUCCUGUACGCCAUCGGAGGCCACGAUGCCCCGGCCUCCUCCCUCUCCUCUCGGCUUAGUGACUGUGUGGAGAGGUACGACCCCCAGACGGACGCCUGGACGACUGUGGCGCCCAUGAGCAUCAGCCGGGACGCGGUGGGGGUGUGUCUCCUUGGCGACCGUCUCUAUGCAGUGGGCGGUUACGAUGGGCAGGUGUACCUCAACACUGUGGAGUCUUAUGACCCUCAGACUAAUGAGUGGACCCAGGUACACACACACACACACGCACGCACACUUGCACACAAACACACACAUAAGCACACUUACCAACACAUGCACACAACACAAGCACGCACACAAACACACAGGGGCACUGCAAGUGCCUAUACAAACAAAGAAAUGAACACGCACUUAAAAUACACAAGAAACAAAGUCAAUCCAGAGUCAGUCCAAUAUAUCAGGUGUGUUUGACAUACAUUUGAUCAAAUGCAAUGAAAACCAGCUCAAACGGCCACUCUGCAGUUUACUAGAACCAAGUGACACGCAGUAACAAUGUGGCACAAAUAAAAAUGUCACUCUUAGAGGGAGCAUGCGCCAACACACAAACAAACGUUAAAGAAACACAAUGUGACCUUCCUCCUGGAACGGCAAAUGUUGUUGUACUGUUAUGUAAAUGUGUGUUUUGUUUCAUGCUAAUAUUGUCCUUGCUGCUGCAUUGAAUACUGCAUCCAGAUGGGGAAAUGGGUUUGUGUGUGUUUGUUCAGAGAUGGGGCUCUCACUGGCUUCCUAUUGAUGUCUGGGCUCUUCCGGUUGCCUCGAAAGUUUUCUUCGCAAAGUCACUAGUGCCUUUCGUCAUGGAAACUAUUUGAGAUUCUGGGAGUUUGAGUCUUAGCUUGUUAGAAUGUGACCUCGUUUAAACUUCUAAGGGGAUAGCUUUCGGAGUGGGAUUAGUCUCAGCAAUAACAUUCCUCCAAAAUAAUCAGAUUUGGCUUAUCAAAGACGGAUAGCCGCCAAAACCUACAGCCGAUGAUGAAAGCCAGGAUGGUAGUGCUUGUAUUGUUUGAUUUAUAAUUAAUGAUGCUGGCUGGAUGCUCUGUAGAUAAAGUGCUAUAAAUGAACUCGACCCUGAGAAAACAACAGAACAUGGAUUGAUGCGGAGGGGCAAGAAAUGAGAAAGUGAAGAAGCAUAGCAGGCAUGUCCGAUUCCCCGCGUAACCACAAGAGACAAACAAUAAUAAUAAUAAUAAAUGCUGAGUCUCACAAACACACACACUAGCGCACAUACACACACACCCACACCCACACCAACACACACACACACCUGAGAUUCUGCUGAUACUGCUCACGUGGUUACACUUCCCUGCUCCUGCAAGCUUCAGCACUGAUCUGUAAAUCCUGACUCACACAGAAACAUAGCAGGAAGCUUUAAGGUUUGGGGCGGACAGAAAGGUACUGACAGCUAGAAAAUAUAGUAUAUUUCUAAUUAGAAUAAGCGAUGCGGUUCCAAAAAUAAAUGUUUGGAAUUGCCUCCAGCUAUUACCGAGGAGUAUAUCAAGGUGACAAGCAUUGUUUUAUCAUCUUGUUUAUGGACAUGGUAAAGUGAAACGGUGCGUAGAAUGUAUCUUGCUCCUUUAGCGGUAGGGAGAUGUAUUUCUAAUUUUAGGGAGGGAUGAAAUACUUAUUUUAAUCAGACAUGAAGUAUAUUGUAUUUGAGGAAGGGCCUUUACCCUCAAAAGCUAGAGAUUAAUCAUCUAGCUUUUGAGGGUUCCAACUACUGUAUAUAGAGGACAUGAUUUCAUCAAGCAGAAUUUGAUAGACAACCUUCUGUCACAGUUUGCUUACUUUUUAAAGCAAUGUUACAAUUUGUUGGAAAGCAGUUCCAUGUUCCUUUGAAGUUGAAUUUGGAUACAAAAUAAGUAAAAGAAAGAGUGCAUAUAUGUAUUAUGAAUUAAUAUGCACCAUGCAGUAAUGCAGUUUUAUGCUGCCUUACACGCUGGGGGUGUCAGUGACCGUCCUUGUGUCGUCACACGGACAUAUGCAAAUGUAGGACAGCCUUAAACUAACAGUAGCCAACUGUCAGAGAGAUGGCACAGUUUUAGUAUUCAUACUACAGUUUUCGAAAGAGCCUAGCCUCAUUUAUGAUGCAACACUGUAUUAUUGUUAAACGUUUCUGGGUGACCGAAUAGGCAAGUAAUGUUAAUUUAACAGAAUAUUAGACGAUAACACCAAAACA